AUGUUCAGCCGUGUUGGGAGCCGAUGCCUUCCAUCUUGUCGCCGACGCGCUCUACAUGCAUCCGUUCGGGUUCGCACAUUCGCGACCUCCCCAAACGUUGCUGCGUCAACUUUUGCGCACUCCGCCAGCUCCUCAUCACCGCUAGGCGCCUUGACCAUUGAGCUUGACCGAAUUGCUCCACGAUUUGAAAUCCAUGCAUCGCAUAUCAAAAUAAUUGACUCGCCGAAUUCCUUCUACCAAACUCUAAAGGUUCGCAUUUCUCAACCCAUUAAUCUUCGUGCUACUGAUAUACUUCGAUUCCAGCAAAAAAUAAAACAUGCAAAACGCCGAAUCUACCUUUCUACACUCUAUAUCGGAAGAUCCGAGCUCGAACUAAUAAAUACUAUAAGCCAAAGCCUGCGUGAAAACCCAGACCUUACCGUGUCGAUUCUCACAGAUUGCUUAAGAGGCACCCGCGAGUCUCCAGAUCCGUCAUGCGCAUCCCUUUUAGCCUCUCUAGUUGAGGAACAUGGCUCCAAUAGAGUUGAAAUCAGGAUGUUUCACACACCAAACUUGGUUGGAUUUAGAAAACGGCAUGUCCCAAAAAGGAUCAAUGAGGGUUGGGGUUUACAGCAUAUGAAGUUGUAUGGGAUCGACGACGAAAUAAUACUUUCUGGUGCAAACCUAUCGAAUGAUUAUUUUACCAACCGACUAGACAGGUACCAUCUGUUCAGCUCGAAAGAAUUAGCAGACUACUAUGGAUGCAUUCAUGAUGCCAUAGGCCAUCUCAGUUUUUUAGUCAUUCCUAGUAAGAAAGAGAAAUCAGGCUACAUAUUGGAGUGGCCUACUACGAAUACCGCUCCUUCUCCGCUGGAGGAUCCAAAAGCCUUCAGAAGCAGCGCUUCAAAAUUACUACCGAAAUUAAUAGCACCGACGCAGACCAAAACCCCUACCUUUUCACUCUCGGAUGACAAAACCUAUGUUUAUCCUGUCGCUCAGUUUACCUCCCUCUUACGCCCUGAUGCAUCUACAGAGUUUCCAGCUGUAACGAGUAUUCUCGGCGCCCUUUCCAAGAAUCCUGAUUUAGAGAAUUCAAAAUGGCUUUUCACCGCUGGGUAUUUUAAUAUCCACCCAGCUUUGUCAUCCCUCUUAAUUAACAGCACAGCCUCUUCCACAAUUCGACAAGCACAGGGAGUCGUUCUAACCGCUUCGCCCUGGGCCAAUGGAUUCUACGGCUCCUCUGGGGUUUCCGGAAUGUUGCCAGCGGGAUAUACACACCUCUCAUCGCGAUUUCUUGAUAGAGUUGCGGCUGCAAAAAAGACCAAUUCAAUCCAACUCAAAGAAUGGCGCCGUGGCACCGUCGGUGAACCCGGAGGCUGGACUUAUCAUGCGAAAGGUCUUUGGAUUACGCUUCCAAAUGAGAAAUUUCCAAGUUUGACAGUUGUGGGUAGCAGUAAUUAUACAAAGCGAAGCUAUAGCCUGGAUUUAGAAGUUGGAGCCGUAGUCGUUACGUCAAAUGAGCAGUUGAAGCAGCGCCUGGGUGAAGAAGCCAUGUUGCUGCAGGAAGAUGCAAAGGAAAUAUCAAGGGAAGAUUUCAGGAAAGUUGAGAGGCGAGUAGGUUGGCAUGUGCGGUUGGCUAUGUGGAUUGUGAAUAUUGUUGGGGGUGCGAUGUGA